UGUGUACGUUUGAGAUUAUUGCGGAUGCUGUAUUGCAUUCACAGGCUCCAAAAUUUCCUUCGAGAAACAAUGAAUUCGCCAGCGUGUCAUCCUUUGCCGCGCGUCUCUUUUUUUCCUUUCUGCUUUUAUUGUGCGCUUGCGUAUCCAUGUUUGUCUCCGUUUCCUCUUUCUCUUCUCUUUCUCGCUUUAAUUGUGCGCUUGCAUAGCCAUGUUUGUCCAAUCAUUACGGAGAAGAAUCGGAAGAACCUCAUGCCUAUCUUUCAAGAAAGAAGAGACCUGUUUUGAAUCACGAGGGUGGCGUCAUGCAAGCCAAAGAUGCCAUUUUCUUCGACGCUCUCUAGGAGUCCUUUCAGGGUUGCGGCAUGUGAACGACGCGGAGGCUGUCUUGCGUUAUGGAGAGGGAGCAUUAUCAAAGCAACUUUACCGGUCCAGAAAAUCGAUUUUGGAGUUAAAUCUUCGAGUGUGCCAAAUGUUGGCCCCGUUUUUUGUCCCGUGAACGCCUUUUUUUCACUUAACCCAAAUGAAUCUGUUCAUCACAAAGGGGCAGGCAUCCUGCAUGAUAUUAGACGAACUGGUGACCAAUCUUUACAGGCUCUAUUGAAAGUUAUUGUUGCAGAGACGCCGUUUGAAGUGGUUUACACAGCUGCGGAGGGGAGAACGAGACCUGUUGCUGUUGGGAAACAGAUUGUGGAACGCGAUCCAUUCACGUACCAAAGAUAUCCCGACACGCCCAUUUCAUCACCAACACUGUCAUCCGUUGACCUUGCUGAAACAGAGGCAACAAUUGGGUGCAAACUUAUAAAAGCAUCGUUUUGAUGCCUAGUCGUCUCAGCUAUUUUUUUGUUUGUUAUGUGGUUUUUUUAUUUUUUUUUAUUUUUUUAUAGCUUCAGACACAUCCGAUUCUGAUGACUUCACGCAUGCCAGUAAGUACUUCUUCAU